GUCAGAAUUUAAGAAGGAAAACGUGUCGAUCAAAAUUACUCCGCAGAAACUUCCGACUCUCAACAACCCAACAUCAAAAGUCAUCCUCUUCCUCGCAAAAAUCCCCAAUCUCUCUCCUCUCUCUUUCUGAAAUCGCAUAAUCACUGUCUAUCAAUUUCCUCUCUUUUUCUUUGAUCUCAUCAGUUUUCUGCUAUGGCGACAAUCGGACACAACAAUCUCAAUGCAAAAUUGGUACUUCUCGGUGACAUGGGAGCUGGAAAAUCCAGCGUUGUUCUUCGGUUUGUCAAAGGUCAAUUUCUCGAAUUCCAGGAAUCGACGAUCGGAGCCGCGUUUUUCUCGCAGACAUUAGCAGUAAAUGACGCCACAGUGAAGUUUGAGAUAUGGGAUACUGCAGGUCAAGAAAGGUACCACAGUUUGGCUCCUAUGUAUUACAGAGGUGCUGCCGCCGCGAUCAUCGUAUACGACAUUACUACACAGGAGUCCUUUUCUCGUGCUAAGAAGUGGGUACAGGAACUUCAGAAGCAAGGGAAUCCAAACAUGGUAAUGGCACUCGCAGGGAACAAAGCUGAUUUGGAAGAGAAAAGGGUUGUUUUAGCUGAAGAGGCACGUACGUACGCUGAAGAAAAUGGUCUUUUCUUCAUGGAAACAUCGGCGAAAACAGCAAAGAAUGUGAAUGAGAUAUUUUAUGAAAUAGCCAAAAAAUUACCGAGGGCUCAAGCGCCACAGAAUCCAGCUGGAAUGGUUCUUGUCGAUCGGCAGGGAGAUGCGGCCAGAGCUUCAUCAUGCUGUUCUUAAGUAUUCUGCAUCGAGCUUUGCAUCAAGUACGUUGGUGACAUGGUGAAAUAUUCUAUUCCAGCUGAUGACUAGGAAUUGCUUUCUAAAUUCUGAGAUGUGUAUACUAAUUUGUAUGCUAACAUUUCUGGUGGAGAUGCGUGUGCUGUUUGAUAUUUACUUUCUAGUUUUCAACAUUCUUUCCUCGUGGGAUGUCCGUACACUAUUUCUGUGUCUAUAGCUGUAAAUAAAGUAAGGGUUUUCUUUUAGCAGGAAUAGGUGUUUCAGAAUAGGAGAGAUGCCAAGAACUCCGGGGCUGCUUUAAGCGGGCAACAUGUGUGCGUAGCCGUAGCUGUUGUUUCUUCAGUGUCGUAUAAUCUGUACAUUUGGUGCGACUUAGUCCUACUGAAUCUUUUUUUUAUAUAUUGUCACGCAUGAAUUUCAUCA